AAACAAAACAGUUUUGUUUAAAUUAUAAAGAAAACUUUAUUGUGUGUUAUAUUUUCUUACAGAAAGCAUACUACACAGAGUAUAUUCCAUCCGCUCAAAGUAGAAGGUUGACAAGCCAUUUGUAGAGCUGUUGCAAGAUCAGUUCAAGUUUUUGUCUACUGUUCAGAAGCAGCUCCUUCUUAAGGUUAUCUUUUGUUACAUUUUUAACUAGCAGUUCCAAGACUGGCUGAAAAGUAAUUUCCACUAGUGAGACUGAUGUUCAGCAGAUUCUUUCUUUAUGCUUGCUGUCUGGCCGAAGAUGGCUUCAGGUAAUUACAGUAAAUAGAGCCAGCAAAUUGGAAAUUAUGAUUUGCUGUGAAGCUUCCAUCAGCAGACUACCACAUUAUAACAGAUGGCCACAGAAUCUUUGUUCCCGCAGUGGCCACCUACUAGCUGAUAAGGUAAAGACUGCUUGGGGUUGUAUAAAAUUAAGAAGCUGAACACCUGAAGCAUGCUAGAAAACAUGUUGCCAUAGGUUAUAUCCAAUGAAAAAAUCUGAAGAAUUAUAGGUACAACUCAGAAAUUCAAAAUUUAAAAGCGUUCACUCAUUUUCCAAGUAAUGUCAUCCACAAAUACCAAACGUUUUCUGGUUUGGUCUGUACCUUUAACCAGUUUGCUAAAUGCAAUAGUAAACACCCUUCUAAACAGGAAGUUCCAAAUCUUGUGAUUCAGAGUGUUCUGCAACUCCAAAGAUUUCCUAAGUUCCUCUUCCUUCAAGCAGAAUUGUUUCCAGAGCGAUACAAGAAAUGGCAUCUUUCAACAAAUUAAAAAACGUGCUUAUGCUGGCAUUUGACUGGAUUCUGUAUGGUGCUGGUGCUGCAGAUAUCUGCCAAGUCACUGUAACACAACCCAGAUUCCAGGAAGCUGACUACUCCAUGCAAACUGUGUUCCUAACAUGUGCUUUCUCUGCCUCUGGAUGCUCCCCGUCCCCACCCCAAAUUCUAUGGUUUCGCCUUUUAACUAAUGAACAUGAGGAUUUGUGUACUCCUGAAUGCACAGAUCAGCAGAAGUACAAAGUACAUUCAUUACCAGAAAAUAACAUUUCACUUCAGAUCAAUGAUCUGACUGUAGAUGACAAUGCUGUUUAUAUCUGUGGAAUAGCAUUUUCAGAUUCAAAUUCACCCCAUUCUAAACAAGCAGGAGAUGGAACUGUACUAACAAAAACAGGAGGAGAGAAGCAGCACAGCAAUGGAAAACUCAUCUUCAUGAUCAUUGCCUCAUCCUUACUGUUUCUAUACAGCACUACUGUAUUCACGUUCUUUGUAGUCUAUAAGUUAAAACCAAAGCUGCUAAAGAAAAGUGGGAAUGAAGAGCAAAGGACAGAGAAUGGUAAAAUCAGUAGUGGACGAAAAGUUUUUCAAGCAAUUGCCCAAGAACUUCAAAAGCAGAGGUAUGCUGAACAUUGCCAGCAGCCUGAUGAUUUGGAAGAUGACACUGUUUAUCAGAACAGAUGACCAUGUGCAGCAGUUCAGAUUUGUUCAAUAUUUCUCAUGCAAGCAAAGGGGCAGAUUAAGAAGUUAAACUUCUUCACAGACUUCCUUUGCUUUAAAAAGAGGGGAGAAAAACCUGCAGGACUGUGUUCUUCAAGGGUAUUUUCUAAAUAGAUCACCAAAUUCAUUGUACAUUACAUCCAUGUUAUAUAUCCAUUUUCCAUUCUGCAAGAAUAAGAAUGGUAGGAAAAUACUUUAUCUUUCAUAAGAUAACCGCUAAAGCUUCAUAAAAGUUUCCGUUUUUAGUUUAGAUUUAAUUCUAUGUCUUUUUUUCUUUUGACAUAAAUUUACGUGUAUUCCUUUUACAUUAAUUGAGCAUUUGUGAGAGAUGUAUGAUAAUUGACAGCAACAGAAAAUAAACUUGUUUCACUGGUGAAA